CAAAAAAUAGACCAGCAUUUCCCUUCGUCUCUCCUCACGAGUCGCGACUGGGAAGCGGCAAGCCCAUGCAAUUUUCCCGUCGUCUCCAAUCCGCCUCCGUCGUGCCGGCGAUUUUCAUCACCUCCUCGAUAGUUAAAACUUAAAACCCAAACAACACCAACCCUUUGACUGCCCGCCGUCCGGCGAGGAUUCCCCUGCCUCCUCCUUGUACUCUCGGUCCUCUGUGGCGAACCCUAGCUUUAGACCUGAGGGAUUUAUUGCGGAGGCAAAGGAAAAUCAACGAGGGAGUUUGGUCCGUCAUCGGCUGUCGACCUCUGAUCUCGUCGUCGUCUUGAGUUCGGACCUUGCACAUCAUCUUCGUGGACUCUUCCACUAGCUCGGACCUCCGAUCCCUCAUCGCUAAUUGCAUCUCCUCCUAUUUCCUUCUUGGACUGACUCUCUGCCCCGUCGGGAACUUCUCAAACAGCUGGGUAAUGGGCAUGGCUUGAAUGCAGAUAACAAGCCAUUGCUACUGUGAGUUUCCCACUGAGAGAACAAAAGUCAAAAGUUGCCUUGGAGCUUUGUCUGUCCUCCACUCCAUUCAACUCUCGUCCUGGACUCUGGAGCGGACUGGAAUUUGAAGAAAACAAUAAGGUCAGUCCAAAAUAGGAAUCCAAAUUGGAAGGGUUUCUGCUAUUCCCAGCAUUCUCUGUAGAUGACAGUGAUGAUAUGUUCAUUUGCUAGGGCACAAGUGCUGUCCUUUUUGAAGAAAGGUAAGUAGGAUGAAGCGUGAUUUUGAUGAAAUCUCUGACGACGAAUGGGUCAACCACUCCUUCAAACCCUCUCGUGUCCUGAAAUCAACUCCAUCCUCUAAAUCUCCAUCUGAUCUUCCAAGCUCCCCUCCGCCAAUAGAGUCUUUUGCUUUCGGCACCAAAACCCAGCAGCUGCUUGCGUCCGGUAGUCCAAGCAGCAGCAGUGAUGAUUGUGUCAUCAUUACCCAGCCCAAGCCCUCAAUCCAUGCAGACUUGGAGGAUGAUGACGUUGAACAAAACAAUGACCGCCCGGUUUCCUUGGGUAAUCGUGCUCGUCGGUUUAUCAUUGACGACGAUGACGACGAGCAGCCUGCGGCGCAGAUGCUUCGAGAAGGUAAUCGGGAACUUACUGAGGUUUAUGAUGUCAAGUCCUGUAGUGACGAUGACUUAGAACUGGAACUGGAAGACGAGGAGGAGUUAGAACUGGAACUGGAAGAUGACGACGUCAUUGGAAAAGCUCUGCAGAAGUGUGCCAAAAUUGCAGCUGAGCUUAGGAAAGACCUAUAUGGAUCUACAGCAGUAUGCUGUGAUCGGUAUGCAGAGGUUGAUUCUUCUACCGUCAGGAUUGUGACGCAGGAUGACGUUGAUGCAGCUUGUAUGGUUGAGGUUCCAGAUUUCCAGCCUGUUCUCAAGCCAUAUCAACUGGUUGGUGUGAACUUUCUUCUUCUUUUAUACAGAAGAAAUAUUGGUGGAGCAAUAUUGGCAGAUGAGAUGGGUCUUGGGAAGACUAUACAGGCAAUAACAUAUUUAAUGCUGCUAAAACAUUUGAAUGAUGAUCCUGGUCCACAUUUAAUUGUGUGCCCUGCUUCUGUUUUGGAAAACUGGGAAAGAGAACUUAAAAGGUGGUGUCCAUCAUUCUCUGUACUCCAGUACCAUGGGACUGCAAGAUCAGCCUACUCGAAAGAAUUAAGCUCUCAUGCCAAACAUGGUCUGCCACCACCAUUUAAUGUGAUUCUUGCGUGCUACUCUCUUUUUGAGCGACACAGUGUGCAACAGAAGGAUGACCGUAAACUUCUGAAACGUUGGCGAUGGAGUUGUGUUCUUAUGGAUGAGGCUCAUGCUCUUAAGGAUAAGAACAGCUAUAGGUGGAAGAAUCUGAUGAGUGUUGCGAGAAAUGCAAACCAACGAUUGUUGCUAACAGGGACACCUCUGCAAAAUGAUCUGCAUGAGCUUUGGUCCUUAUUGGAGUUUAUGUUACCUGAUCUGUUUGCUACUGGGGAUGUUGACUUAAAGAGGCUGUUGAAUACAGAAGAUGGAGAUUUAAUUGGUCGUAUGAAGUCAAUCAUGGGGCCAUUCAUCUUGAGGAGGUUAAAGUCGGAUGUAAUGAAGCAACUUGUUCCAAAGAUACAGCAGGUGAAAUAUGUUUCAAUGGGAAAACAACAGGAAGAUGCUUACAAAGAAGCAAUAGAGGAAUACCGUAAAUUCUCACAUUCUCAUAUUGCCAAAUGCUCAGAUGUUAACUUGACAACUGUCGUUGGGGUUCUUCCUCGACGGCAGAUAUCAAAUUAUUUUGUUCAGUUCAGAAAGGUGUUGUAAGCUUUUCCCUAUUGAUUGCAAAUCAUCCAUUGUUGGUGAGAAGAAUUUACACUGAUGAGGAUGUUGUUCGGUUCGCAAAGAAGUUGCAUCCAAGGGGCGCCUUUGGCUUUGAGUGUACCUUGGAUAGAGUCGUCGAGGAACUUAAGAGCUACAAUGAUUAUUCUAUUCAUCAGCUUUUACUAUCUUAUGGUGUUAGUGACUCCAAAGGAAUCCUUUCAGAAAAGCAUGUCAUGCUUUCUGCAAAAUGCCAAGCAUUGGCUGAACUUCUUCCUUCCCUUCAGAAAGAUGGGCAUCGAGUGCUAGUUUUUAGUCAAUGGACUUCAAUAUUGGACAUCUUAGAGUGGACCUUGGAUGUAAUUGGGUUGACAUAUAGAAGACUUGAUGGAAGUACGCAGGUGACAGAUAGGCAGACGAUUGUGGAUGAAUUUAAUAAUGAUACGUCAAUAUCUGUGUGCUUGCUCUCCACUAGAGCUGGAGGGCAGGGUUUGAACUUGACUGGAGCCGAUACAGUGAUUAUACACGACAUGGAUUUCAAUCCACAGAUUGAUAGGCAGGCAGAGGAUCGAUGCCAUCGCAUUGGCCAGACAAAGCCUGUAACCAUAUACAGGCUGGUGACAAAGGGUACAGUGGAUGAGAAUGUAUACGAGAUUGCGAAAAGGAAGCUGACUUUAGAUGCUGCAGUUCUGGAGUCCGGGGUGGAUGUAGAGCAUCAGGGGGAUUUGUCUGAGAUGACUAUGGGGGAGAUAUUGUCGUCACUUUUGAAGGCGUAGAUUGCACAUAGCAAAACAUGCUCAACACUUCUGUUUGUGGGUGGGUAUGCCCUUGGGUCGCCAUUUUAUAGGGUAGACAAAAGAGAUUUAGCAUGGGCAUUCCAACCAUGAAAACUAGCUCGACUCCUGGCAGAAUCUCAUCACAGAUAUUGCUGCACUAUCCUUUUUCAUCAUGUAAGGAAGCACAAUUCAAAUGGGUGACUAUUUUGUUGUAAACCGUUUCUGAAGGGUAAGUUAGCCACCAACUGUUCCCAGGGAGGAAAAGGAACUGAAGAACAUGGAGUCUGCAGGGAAUGUGCGCGAUCUAUUAAUACUGAAAGCAUAGGUUUCUCCCGAUACUUGCAAUACUUGUACCGUUGACUUGAAAGUCCAUGUAAAUCGCUUUCUUGGUUAGUUGUAAUUUCUGUGCCAAGGUAAGUCGAUUUUUAUCUAUAUCAAACCCAACUAUUUGUCUAGUGGCUACCCGUUUCUGGUAGCCAUUUAUAUCGUAACGCUCUUGGAGCAUUCCAAACAUGAAACAUCCCUGGGU